AUGGGCAUCAGAAAAAAGGUCAUCCAGUAGGGGAAGAGAAUCCAUUACUUACAGAAAUUAAAGGCCGCAAAUAUUCCAACUGCUUUGUUAGAGAAAGGACAAAAUCGUGUUAUUGAUGCUUCUCUUACACUUAUUCGUGAGAGGGCAAAGCUUAAGGGAGAGCUUCUGCGUGCGUUAGGAGGUGUUACUGCUUCAACAACUCUUCUUGGAGUUCCAUUGGGACAUAACUCAUCGUUUCUUCAGGGGCCGGCCUUUGCUCCUCCUCGUAUAAGAGAGGCCAUUUGGUGUGGUAGCACCAACUCUACAACUGAAGAAGGGAAACAAUUAAGCGAACCGCGGGUGUUGACAGAUGUGGGUGAUGUCCCUGUUCAAGAAAUACGAGAUUGUGGUGUCGAUGAUGACAGAUUGAUGAAUGUCAUUAGUGAGUCUGUGAAGCUAGUGAUGGACGAGGAUCCAUUGCGGCCAUUAGUUUUAGGUGGUGAUCACUCAAUAUCUUUUCCUGUUGUAAGAGCAGUCUCUGAGAAGCUUGGAGGACCUGUGGAUAUUCUUCAUCUAGAUGCCCAUCCUGAUAUUUAUCAUUCAUUUGAGGGAAAUAUGUAUUCACAUGCCUCAUCUUUUGCCCGAAUCAUGGAAGGUGGUUAUGCUAGGCGGCUUUUGCAGGUUGGACUAAGAUCAAUAACAAGUGAAGGCCGAGAACAGGGGAAGAGGUUUGGAGUAGAGCAAUAUGAAAUGCGGACAUUUUCAAGAGAUCGACACCUUUUGGAAAACCUGAAACUUGGGGAGGGAGUAAAGGGUGUAUACAUUUCUCUAGAUGUGGACUGUCUUGAUCCUGCCUUUGCUCCUGGGGUGUCUCACAUUGAGCCAGGAGGUCUCUCUUUCCGUGAUGUUCUCAACAUUCUCCACAAUCUCCAAGCUGAUGUUGUUGCUGCAGAUGUGGUUGAGUUCAAUCCACAGCGUGACACUGUUGAUGGGAUGACUGCAAUGGUUGCUGCUAAGUUGGUUAGGGAACUGACUGCUAAGAUAUCAAAAUGAAAAGUACUCUACCUCACCAUCAACAUUUUUGUACGAUUAUUUAUUAAUAUUCUUGGAAAGUCUGAUUAAUGUUCACAUCAUCUAUUUUAUUUUUCACCCAAGUAUCGCUGAAGGCAUUAAAAAUCUACCUGGUAGGUUCUUAAUGUGUCAACCAUAGUUGUACUCCAUAAUCCAUAUAUGAUGUGUAAGUAAGUGUAGCUAUUAUCUAGCCCAAUGAAGAUUUUUACUAUGU